UCACUCGGUUUGCUACCUUGCACCGCCCGGUCUCCCUCCCGCCGUCACCGUCUUAAGUAGCCGUCCACGCUGCCAUGACAGUUCUCACCUCGAGUGAAAGAACAACUUUAAAGCAAAUGUGGAAGAAACUGUAGCAGUUCAGUGCUUCUGUGUGUGGGAAAAGGGGACGUUUGGGGUACACCGCUACUGACCGAGUGAGGGGAGCGGAGCGGAGCAGCAUUACACCAAAAUGGCAACCCCCUAUGUAACAGAUGAAUCCGGAAAAUACAUUGCUGCCACGCAGCGACCUGAUGGAACAUGGAGGAAGCCGAGGCGGGUGAAGGAUGGUUAUGUCCCUCAGGAAGAAGUCCCUGUGUAUGAAAACAAGUUUGUGAAGUUUUUCAAGAGCAAACCCGACCUGCCGCCCGGCCUGAACCCAUCUGAGGCAGCUCCGCCGCAGCAGCAGCAGCAGCAGCAGAAGAUCCCUGGAUGUGGGGAAAGCGAGCAAGCCGGUCUCUCGAAGUCCGCCAAGCGCAACAUGAAGCGCAAAGAAAAACGAAAACAGCAGCAGCACCAGGAUGAAGAUGCAGACGUGGAGUUGGUGAGCGAUGCCAUGGAGAAUGUGUCUGUUUCAGAGGGCGGUGACUCGGCAAACAAGACGGCGGCGCCGGCUUCUGUCUCGUGUUCCAAGGACUCGUCAGAAGCAGCAGCCGAAAAGGCCAAGAAGAUUAAAAACCUGAAAAAGAAGCUGCGGCAAGUCGAGGAGCUGCAGCAAAAAGUGGACUCAGGGGAAAUAAAGCAGCCAACAAAGGAUCAGCUGGAGAAGCUGGGUCGGGCAAAGGCCUUACAGGAGGAGUUAGAGCAGCUGGAGCGCGAUUCUUGAAGCAAUAAAGAAGCCGAUGAGUGACAGACUGAACUUACAAACUACAGACAGCACAGGAAGGGACCUUUGCAGCUUUGUGAUCAUGGCUUCCACUAAACACAUUCUACCUAUUUGAUACUCAUUAUGAACUUCAGAAGCAAACACAGUCCCAGCAUCAGUAAAGCGGAGAACGACAGGACACCCGGGCUCCACUAGACCGUUUUCUGAACGACGAUGUGACUCCUGCUCAUACACUCGCAUUGGCCAGCCCAGCUAUUUUUAAACAGACCAUUGUGACUUGUGCAUGUCUGUUCUUUCCAUUUUGUACCUUUCAGAUCAUCAGGAAAUCACUUACACUAUAAUAAAAAAAAAACUAAUGUUGAGUCUGCACAGUCAUUACGUUAUGAAAUAAAUGCUGUAUAAAGUGUUUAUCUCAUGUUGCUUUUUAGUAAAACUGGCUCCGUAGAGUGGAUGGACUGGAACAUUACUUUGGAAAUUAAUUGUUACAAACACAAAUAUAUUUUCAGAAACAUUUAUAGGCUUAGUAGAUAUAGAGAUAAGUCCGUAUUCUGUAUUUUCCAUAUGUCAACAAAUACCAUUAAAAAAAAACAACAACAACAACAAUGACCUGAUACUAAGUUUUACCUGUGUAGCUGAAGCCUGGGUUUAUUUUUCUGUGCCGUAGAGCUCCAUGGAUGUUCAAGAAAAUAUUAAAACCACACAAAUGAGCCACAUUGUUGAAACGUCCCUUUACUGUAACCAUCAACACCAGCACCGUAGUUUAUUUAGGAAAUCAAACAUACACAAUGACAUAAACCAUGUUGCUGCUGGAGCUGCUCAAAAUAUGGAUUGUUGGAUUAAUUCGCAGCUGAAAAUAGUCCCCCCCUACAAACUCACCCUUUUUAGGAUAUUUGUUCAGUUUCAGUUUUCAGGUAAAAUAUUAAAACUACAAAAGUCAGGUGUAUAUUGGUGUGGAGAUGAGUUAUUCUCCACUGUUUCUUAAGGGGCAGCCCAGCAAUUAAAUCUUGUGCUUUAAUAAAUUUGGGAUACAGAAGCACAUAAUGCACAUAACCGAGUAGAUCUUCUAAUGACGACUUACUGCAUCAUGUCACGAUGUCUCUCUGCUCAACUUUUUAUGUAGCAUCUUAAACACCAGUCUUACGUGAACAGAUCCAUGAAUUCUAAUGUUGCAAUAAAAACAGUGAGCUGCACCAUGAGCUACAACAUCAGCUCUGUGUCUUUCUUUUCACUUUUGUGUUUCUUUAUGUUUUGCAAAAUAAAGUUGAUUUUGUGACGUAA